CACAUUGUACCCCGCCAUGUCGAGAGUGAGCAAGUCAGACAAGCUCCGUGCACUCAGAGAGGCCAGAGCGGCCAAAUCCAGUGUGCUCAAUGUUUCAGACGACGAAGAAAUAGAAGGUGGAAUUUAUGAUGAAGUUGAUGAAGAUACUUAUAGAGAACACAAGAGACAUCAAUUAAUGAAUGAUGAUUUUAUCGUGGAUGAUGAUGGUGAAGGAUAUGUUGACAAUGGUGUAGACGAAUGGGACGAUAGCACGAGACCCAAGUACUACUCUGAUGAAGACGACGAAGGUACAUCCUCCAGAAAGAGGAAGAAGUCCAAACCCAUUGGUAAAGUGAAGAAGACUUCCCAAAUUAAUAAUUUUUUCAAACCAGCUGGGUUUAGCAUUGAGACAGGUAAUGAACACAAGGUGAAGAAAGUAAACGCCAAUGUGGACGAUAUCUUGGAAGACUUCCUCGAUGCUGCACCUGUAGCCAAAAAGCAAAGACAUAGUAACCUCUUUGGAGCUUCUAAAGCGGAAAAGGGAGAAAAGAAAAGUAAUAAAACUGCAGCAUUCAAUUUCUCAACAUCUGUGAAAAGAGAGAAGAAGCCAUUGAUUAUAGACGAGGAUCUUAGUACCGAGACGAUGGAACUUGAUGACACUGACAGUAAUCAACCAUCUUCACCAAUCAAGAAGGAAUCAUCUAUCAAGCUAGAUGAAUCCAACAAUGGAGACUCUUCCCCUACCAAGGAGGAACUUAAGACAGAGAAUGAGGAAGAUUUGGAAGACCAAGAUGAUUCCGAUGAUUCAGAGGAUGAAGUCAUUGUCACUCGUAGACUGAGAGCUUCAGCCCAUAAUAUACACAAAUCUACAAAUUUUUCGUCAGUGAAAUCGACCGAUGUUCCAUCUUCAUCUCCAUCCAGACUAACUGCACACACCGCAGUGAGCUAUACCGAGAAAUUAGAUGAAUCGAAAAUUGUUGACACUACAUCUGAAAAUGACUCAGUGAAGAUGUUUUGGUUGGACUAUUGUGAAGUUGAUAAUUCUUUACUUCUCUUUGGUAAGGUUCAAACACGUGAAGGAGGGUUAGUUUCAGGUGUUGUACAAGUCAAUGGUAUAUGUCGUGAAUUAUAUUUCUUACCUAGGGAAUUUAGGCAAGAGGAUGGCGAAGAUACCACUGACGAAGUUUCACCAAUGGAUAUACAUGAAGAAGUGGUACCUCUUUUGAUGAACAAAUACCAACUUAAGAAUAUUCGAACUAAACCGGAAGUUAAGAAAUAUGCAUUUGAACUUUCUGGGGUACCCAAAGAAGCUGAAUAUUUAAAGGUAUUACUUCCCUUCCAAACACCGAAGAAUAGAGACUUUUUACUUCCAAGCUCAUUAGAAGGACAAACUUUCCUGCGUGUUUUUGGAACUAGUGCUAACUUAUUUGAAUCAUUUGUAUUACAGCGUAAUAUCAUGGGACCAUGUUGGUUAGAACUUGGGAACUGUGAUUUCAACGCAAUUACCAACACUUCGCAUUGUCAAGUUGAGUUGGCCGUAUCAUCUCCAUCAUUCGUCAAACCGGUGGUAGAUACCAAGAUUCCUCCUCCAGAUUUAACCGUUACUUCCAUCGCAGUGCAAACAGUGAUGAAUCCUAAAAAUAAUAAACAAGAAUGUGUCUCUGUUUCCCUUGCAACUUAUAGAGAUUUACCUCAGGAUGCUCCAAUUGAUGAUAAAUUGAAACCUGAUGACACCAUAACGUUGGUUCGUCCCAUUGGUGGGGUAAGUGUUCCACCCGGAUUAGCCCAAUUAGCACAGAAGCAAGGGUUAGCAUUGAAAGUAAUGCCUAAUGAAAAGACCAUGUUGAACUGUUUAGCUGCCCUCAUUAAAAACCUUGAUCCAGAUGUAUUUAUUGGCCAUAGACUUGAGAACAUUUCUUUGGAUGUCUUGGUUCACAGAAUGUACGAUUUGAAGGUGACAACGUGGUCUACAUUUGGACGUCGUAAUAGAAAGGCUUGGCCAGAUAGAUUUGGACGUAAUAGCAAUGGGUUCAAUAACAACCUUCAAAUAAGAGAAAUCUUCCAAGGUCGUUUACUAUGUGAUAUUGCCAAUGAAAUGGGACAAUCCUUGACUCCUAAAUGUCAAUCUUGGGAUUUGCCAGAAAUGUGGGACAUUGUUUGUCAUAAGAAACAAAUCCCUCUUGAAAUCAAUUUCCACAAUUCAAGAUAUGCUGAAGAUGCAAGUUUCCUCUUAUUGGCCUUGAAAGAAUCCGCAAAUAAUGUAUUAAUUACUGCAGAAAUUGGAUUUUCUAUUCAAAUCUUAUCAUUGUCAAAACAGUUGACGAACCUUGCUGGUAAUGCGUGGUCUCACACCCUUAGUGGUACCAGAGCUGGUAGAAACGAAUACAUUUUACUUCAUGAAUUCACAAGACAGAACUAUGUUGUUCCGGAUAAAGAAAGUAAGUUCCCUAAAAAUGCUAAUAACCAACAACAAGCAAAAUUGGAAACUAGUGAUGAAGAUGCUACAACGGCUACAUCUAACAAGAAACCAAAGUUUCAAGGUGGUUUGGUGUUUGAACCGGAAAAGGGAUUACACAAGAAUUACGUGUUAGUCAUGGAUUUCAAUUCUUUGUAUCCUAGUAUUAUCCAAGAAUUUAAUAUUUGUUUCACUACCGUGGAAAGAGAUAAUUUCAAUAGAACUCUCGAUGAAGAUCGUGACAUGCCAUUAUUACCAGAUGUUGACUCAUCUCAAGGUGUGUUACCCAGAUUGUUGAACACUUUGGUUUCCCGUCGUAGAGAAGUAAAGAAAUUAUUGAAGGAUCCUAAGAAUACUCCAGCUGAGAGAGUUCAAUAUGAUAUCAAGCAACAGGCAUUGAAGCUUACUGCCAACUCUAUGUACGGUUGUCUUGGUUAUGUUAACUCCAGAUUUUACGCCAAACCGUUGGCUAUGAUGGUUACCAACAAAGGUAGAGAAAUUUUGAUGGAUACAAGACAGUUAGCAGAAUCUAUUGGCUUGAGAGUAGUUUAUGGUGAUACCGAUUCCGUUAUGAUUGAUACUGGUGCCGAUAACUUACAAGAUGCAAUCAAGAUUGGUGAGGAAUUUAAAGUUCAAGUGAAUGAAAGGUAUAAAUUACUUGAGAUUGAUAUUGAUAAUGUUUUCAAACGGUUAUUGUUGCACGCCAAGAAGAAGUAUGCCGCUUUGAAUGCUAUCAUCGAUAGAAAGACUGGGAAGGAAAUUUCCAUUUUGGAAGUAAAAGGUCUUGAUAUGAGAAGACGUGAAUAUUGUCAACUUUCAAAAGAUAUAUCUACUUUUGUAUUGGAAAAGAUUUUAUCUGAUAUAGAUCCAGAACAAGCUUUGGGAGAAGUUUAUGAUUAUUUAGAAGAAAUGACCAAGAAAAUCAAAGAGAAUACUAUCCCCGUGGAUCGUUUUAAGAUAAAUACAAGAUUAUCUAAAGAUCCAAAGAAUUAUCCAAAUGGAAAGACAAUGCCUCCAGUCAGAGUUGCGCUUCGUUUAAGAGAACAAGGUAAAGUUAUUAAAGCUGGUAGUGUCAUUACUUUUAUUAUUACUGCACCAGAAAAUGAAGAAGAGGCUAAGAACAGUUCUCCUGCUGAACGUGCAAGAGCCAUCCAAGAAGUUCUUGCUAAGAAUUCUAAUUUAAAGCCAGAUCCUAUGUUUUAUUUGGAAAAGCAAAUUCUUGCCCCAGUGGAAAGAUUAGUUGAAAGAAUUGAAGGGAUUGAUAUGAUGAGAAUUGCCACAUCACUUGGAAUGGAUGCAAAGAAAUUUGCCAUUAGGGCAAGAAAUAAUGAAUCUCAUACUGGAGAAAUCACCCCACUUGAGUCAAAUAUUAGUGACACUGAAAGGUUUAGACAAUGCAGUUACCUAGUAUUGGAAUGUAAUUGUGGAAUCAAGUUUAGAUUUGGAGGAAUUUUAGCAUCGAACGAUUACAAAAUUACUUUCAACGGGAUUAAUUGUACCAAAUGUAACUUUACAUUCCCAAUGUUCCGAAUCACGUCACAGCUUGAGUAUACUCUUAGAAACCAUAUUGCUGUUUAUUACGCUGGUUGGUUAGUAUGUGACGACUCUGCAUGUGGAAUCACCACCAGACAAAUAUCUGUUUAUGGGAAAAGAUGUAUUGGGACCUCAGGAAGAGCAUUUGGAUGUAAAGGUAUCAUGAGAUAUAAAUACAGUGACAGGGCACUUUACAAUCAAUUAUUAUACUUCCAAGCCAUCUUCGAUGUGGAUAAGGCUAAAAGUAAUCAACUUAGACCAAUUUAUGACGCUCUUGAUAAGGCAUCUAAUGCCCCUACAAAGUUAAUUCAGGGUCAAGUUGAUGCACUUGCAGAACAGAAUAGAGAUCUUUUCAAUGGUUGUCAAGAGGUUGUACAGAAAUACCUUGCCGAGUGUGGACGUCGUUAUGUUGAUAUGGGUUCCAUCUUUGACUUUAUGAAAUAGUAUGAGAAAGUUUGAAAUAUAGAUUUUAAUGUUAUAAGUAAUGUAUUAU